GCAGAGAGACGCACCCUUCACAUUCCCAUGCCAAUACUGCAGCAGUGGGGGACAAGCUGGAGAGAUGGAGAUUUUACCCUGUGGACAAAGCCCUCUGGACAGCAGACUGCCCUUUCUUCACCCAUUUCAAAGAGCCACCAGCCAAGUGCGAGGACACCACCACCAGCUCAAAUGGGUGGCCUGGAUGGAGAAGGCAGUAGCCCUACUUGCCUAGAAGAGCUUAUCCCUGCUGGGGUCUGUAGCAGUAGAUCUGAGACAAAUACAGCAAUGGCUAAGGUGCUUCCUCCGGAUAAACAUCCUCUGGUGUGCAACACCAAGGCUGAAAGUGUCCCAACUACACAUGCGCCCACCCAAGUCCGCACCGCUCCCAGGAGCAUCCUCUCCCUUGCCCACUGGGCUCUCACUGCAGCUGCUCGUGGUACCCAGUGGCUGCGACACCAGGACCCUCAGCUUCACCCCAGGCAGCACCUGCCUGGGCGGACUCACCCAGCACCCAGAGCUGGAGGCCCAGUGGGACAACCAGAAGAGGAUCCUGCCCCCGGCCUCAGCUUUCUCUGCUCCACUCAAUGCAGUCCCUGGUUGGGAACCGCUGCCUCCUCCUCAAGCACAGCGGGAAAGGAGGGGGCACAGCCUGACCGACACUGCCCACCUCAUCCAGGGAGCAAAGUCACCCUAAAUACCCACCCUGUGCCCUCCACCCCUGUUUCCAGGUCUCUUAUCUCCCCCAUUUGCCAUGCCAGAACAGGAGCACACAGCUCUCCAGAUCGCAGCGACACACCAGACCGAGACCCAGCAAAAGAUGAGACAUGCCAGGCUGGGGGGAAGAUGGAUCCACUGCGGAUCAAAUCAUCCAGCAUGAGAAACACCGCUUGGGGCAGGAGGAGGGGGCCGGGGGGGUCCUAUUCCCAUGGAAAGCACAGGGCUCUUUUUUCGGUUAUACAAGAUGAAACCACAGGGAUAUAAAUGUCAU